CCCGGAUCGAGAAAAUGGAAAUUUUACUUAAUAAUAUAUAUAUAGCCAAACUCUGACCAAAGAGCUAUCAAGAAGAAGCCCCGGCCAAGGAUAUAUUAGAUUGGAAUUGGGGCAUCUCAAUCAUCAAGAACAAUCUCAACAACGAUCGAUGACAGCCGUAAACGAGAAGCCGGCGGCGGCACUCCCACUCCUCACAACUCGGGCAAUGCGACGAACACCUUUGAAUCGUGCAUUCGGCCUCGUGUAUUCGUGUGCCGUCGUGGCUCUGUUCUACCACCAUUUCCACUCAUCCAUUUCCUUCUUCUCCCUUCUCUUGAUGGUGGCCGAUGCGGUCUUCGCCUUCAUGAGGGCCACCACCGAGUCUCUAAGGCUGCGUCCGGUUCGCCACCAGGAGUUUCCAGAGAAGUUGAAAAGUGUGGUACUGAUGGGAGGAGUACUGGGGGAGGAGAGGGAUUACGAUCCACCAGGCGUGGACGUCUUCAUUUGCACCGCUGACCCAUACAAGGAGCCUCCCUUGGGAGUGGUGAACACGGCACUGUCGGUGUUGGGGUACGAAUAUCCGGCGGAGAAGCUGGGGGUCUACGUAUCGGAUGAUGGGGGAUCAGAGCUUACGCUGUUUGCCUUCAUGGAGGCCGCCAAGUUCGCCCGCCACUGGCUGCCUUUUUGCCGGGACUAUGGAUUACUUGACAGGUCCCCCGAGGUCUACUUUGGAACUGGAUCAUCAUCAUCAUCUUCAUCUUCUACACAUAACAUCAUCAAGAUGAUGUAUGAAGAGAUGAAAGUAAAGAUAGAUAGCGUUAUGGAGAGAGGGUCUGUUCCACCGGAAUACGUCAUGAAUGAACAUGACCGUCAAGCUUUCAACAAAUGGACGCCAGCUUUCACACGUCAACACCAUCCUGCAGUAAUUCAGGUUUUAUUAGAGAGUGGGAAAGACAAAGACGUAAAGGGCCAUAGAAUGCCUAACCUCGUCUAUGUCUCCAGAGAGAAAAGCAGGAUCUCACCACACCAAUUUAAGGCCGGUGCCCUUAAUGCACUGCUUCGUGUAUCAGCUACGAUGACCAAUGCGGCGGUGGUCCUAAACUUAGAUUGUGACACCUACUCCAAUGAUCCCCAAACCCUUCUUCGGGUGCUAUGCUAUCUUGCAGACCCUGCCAUUGGUCCCAAACUAGCUUACAUUCAGUUCCCUCAGCGGUUCCAUUGGAUUGGCAAGAACGACAUCUACGGUAAUGACCACAGACGUUUGUAUCAAGUAGAUCCACCAGGGAUGGAUGGACUUGGAGGCACACGUUAUGUCGGCAGUGGAUGCUUUUUCCAGCGACCAGCCUUCUUUGGGGGACCUUCAUCUUCCUCUUCCUCUUCCUCUCCAGAAUCCCACCCCCAUGACUUGGACAAAUCUAUCAGUUCCAAAUCAGUUUUGGCAUCAGCCCACCAUGUAGCAAGUUGCAACUAUGAGCAUGGGACCAACUGGGGCAUUGAGAUAGGCUUCAGAUACGGAUCAUUAACAGAAGACUACAAGACUAGUUAUCUGCAACAGUGCAAAGGAUGGAAUGCAGCGUUUUGCCAUCCUGAAAGAGCAGCAUUUCUCGGGGGCUCGCCUUUCACUCUCAGUGACGUCCUAAGUCAAAACAUCAGGUGGUCCAUUGGCCUGCUGGAGGUGGCCGCCUCCAAGUACAGUCCUAUCACUUACGGCACUCGAGCCAUGGGAUUGCUCAUGGGUCUUGCAUAUGCCCACAAUGGAUUUGAACCAACUUGGUGCCUUCCAAUAACCACCUAUGCCUACAUCCCACAGCUAGCUCUCCUCAAUGGACUCUCCAUGUUCCCAAAGGUUUCAGACCCUUGGUUCUACUUGUAUACGUUCCUUUUCUUAGGAGCAUAUGUACAGGAUUACCUUGAAUUCAUUUUAGCAGGAGGAACAACCCGAAAGUGGUGGAAUGAUCAAAGAAUGUGGAUGAUCAGGGGAAACUCAUCUUAUCUAUUUGGGUCUGCUACCUAUUUACUGAAAUCGGUUGGCUUUACAGCCUCUGGUGGGUUCAAUGUGACUAGCAAAGUGGUUACAGAAGAACUAAGGAAGCGAUAUGAGCAAAGCAUAUUCGAGUUCGGGGUAGCCUCAACUUUGUUUGUGCCACUCACAACAACUGCCAUACUCAAUUUGAUUGCAUUUGUGGUGGGGUUUGCAAGAGUGUUAGGACAUGGAAAAAAAGCAAGUGAAAUGUUUGUGCAGUUGUUUAUUUCGGGUUUUGUGAUGGUGAGUUGUUGGCCAAUAUAUGAGGCCAUAGCUUUCAGAAGGGACGAUGGAAAGAUGCCUGCAAAGAUUACAAUGAUAUCAAUCUUACUUGCUUCGAUUCUCUACUUAGCGUCAUCUUUGGCGCUCAAACUUUAAUCAGUCACUUCCCCGGCCCCACUCAUCAGCUUUUUAAUUUCCUUUUCAUCUGUGUCUGUGGGAAUAAUUAUACACUUCUAUGGCAUCUCUUUAUGAAUUUAUCCUUCUAUAUAUAAACAGAAUGUCUUAAUUUAAUUCA